UAAGAAUUUUAGUGACGUAGUUCCUCCGGAUUGUGGGAAUCCCAUUGAACUGACCAGGAGGGAGUUGCUUGCUUUAGCAAAACCAACAGUGGAGUCGACCAUGGGGAUGACCGAGGACUUAGCAGUGACCACGACAGUGAACGUAUCGAUAGUCGGGAACAGAACCUUCUUGGACUCGGAGUUCCGCUACACCCUCUUCCCAGUGUUCUACGGUGUUGUGUUCAUCCUUGGGCUGAUAACCAACAGUUACGUGUUGUUCGUGCUGUGGCGCCUGCGCGACACCAAGCCAAUGAACGAGAUCUGCAUCUACAUGGCCAACCUGACUGUGGCCGACCUCCUCUUCGUGUGCGCCCUCCCCUUCUGGAUCGGCUACUACCACCACGGCGGUGUCUGGCUCUACGGCGAAUUCCUGUGCCGUGUCACCGGCGUGUUCUUCUUCAUCAACACCUACUGCUCCGUCCUCUUCCUCACCGCCAUCAGCGUCAACCGCUACUGGGCCGUCACGCGCCCGCUGGACGCCGCCUCGUCCGACCAUUGGUGCCGUGGGGUGGCCGUCACAAUGGUCAUCUGGGUGGUCACUCUGUCCAUGUCGGUGCCGUAUCUCUUGGAGACGGGCAUCCAGGUUGACAAGGACAACAUGUUGCGAUGCUUCGAGGGCUACCACCACGAGACGGACAGCGAGAAGCGGCUUGUGGCCGCAACCCACCUUACCAUUGUGGGAUGCUUCGUCUUGGUCUUCUUCCUCGUCGUAGUGUGUAAUCUGCUCAUCGCCCGGGCGUUACUAGCCCAGUCCCCUACCCAGGCUCGGGGCUCCAGUUCCUCCAAACCCAGGGGGCUGAAAGGCCGGGCCCUGCAGAUGCUGUGUGCUGUGGUGGGGGUAUUCGUGGUGUGCUUCCUCCCCCACCACGUGGUCCAGGGACCCUGGACCCUGGCUGUGCUGGACAUCAAGGAGGGAUGGGGCAGCAUAGACUGGAACAAGAGGACCAGGCAGUGGUUGAACGACGCCCACCAGGUCACCCUGAUGCUGAUGGGGCUCAACUGCCUCUUGGACCCCGUAGUGUACUGCUUCGCCACCAGGAGGUUCCACCUGUACAUCAAGGACCAUCUGAAAAAGGUGGGGAGGGGCAAAGGCUGCUCGGAAACAGCCAUCACACACAUGUCUAUGGAGGAGUGCAAGAAUGUGAGCCAGCAGCACAAUAGAGAACAGUAGCAGCUCAA